GACAGGUUGGGGUCCAGCUUAGGGCUCUGAGCUCCCAGCUGAUGCCUCAUACAGGCUGAGUGCCCCCAGCAUCUUGGGACCUGGAUCUGUGUGAGCUGCAGUGAUUCCCAGGCCAGGAGGGUCCCUCUAGCAGGUCUGUGGUGCCCCCGUUUUGUAUCAGGACCCCCCCCUCGGAUGCUCUGAGCCACCCUCCUCAACCCGGAUCUAAAACCCGGGACACAGCUAUCAGGCCAGCCUCUCUCUCCACCCCACCCCCUCUUUCUGGCGUCCAUCCCCUCCCCAACACCACCUCUGCUGCUGCCUCUGGCUGUGGACCUGCACCUCUUCCCCAUCCCUUCCAGGCCUAGGGAGCGGGGUGAGCCUGGAUGAGAGUCCCCUCAGCCCGGGGCUCUCCCAGGCCAUGGCCCGAGUGCUCCCAGGGAGGAGCCCCGGACCCUGAGCAUCUGCUAGAGGCUUGGCAGAGGCCCCGCGGGGACCGUGUCUUCUGAGGACAAAAGGCGGCGGCCAGCAGGCAGACAGGGGGUGGGGGGAGGGAGGGACCGGCAGCCAGGCGGGCAGACAAGUAGCGGGGGCCAGCGCUGGCCCCCCUCCCAGCUUGGCGGUGGCAUGAAGAUGGGGGUGGGAGUGUGUAGUGGGGGAAGCACCUGCCCGGACCUCCACCUGCCAGCUAGCCGGGCACCCCAAGGCUGUGUGCUGCCCACCUGGUGUUCUCCAACACCCCCAGCCUUGCCCAGUGCACCCCUCCGGUGCCUGCUUCCCCUGAUGUCUGCGAUUUAGACCAGCCCAACUGUAUCCACGGCAACAGAAGCAGGAGUGUCACUGGCCGCCAGAUCACUGAGGGCCCCACAAUGUGGCCUGGACUGUGAUUUAUCCUGGGUGAGACAGCUUGAGCUCCCUCCCUGGACUCCAAGACAGCCCUGCUGAGAGAGCCCAGGUGCAGCCCAGCACGACACCUGAUGGAGUCCCCCCGGGCCCAUGAAGUACCCAACUGGCUGAUUCCAUAGGGCUGGGAGCAGCCCCUGCCCCUCAUUAUGGCCAACACCACUGGAGAGCCUGAGGAGGUGAGCGGCGCACUCUCCCCGCCAUCGGCAUCAGCUUAUGUGAAGCUGGUGCUACUAGGACUGAUCAUGUGUGUGAGCCUGGCAGGCAAUGCCAUCUUGUCCCUGCUGGUGCUCAAGGAGCGUGCCCUGCACAAGGCUCCUUACUAUUUUCUGCUGGACCUGUGCCUGGCCGACGGCAUUCGCUCUGCUGUCUGCUUCCCCUUUGUGCUGGCUUCUGUGCGCCACGGCUCCUCAUGGACCUUCAGUGCGCUCAGCUGCAAGAUUGUGGCCUUUAUGGCUGUGCUCUUUUGCUUCCAUGCGGCCUUCAUGCUGUUCUGCAUCAGCGUCACCCGCUACAUGGCCAUCGCCCACCACCGCUUCUAUGCCAAACGCAUGACGCUCUGGACAUGUGCAGCCGUCAUCUGCAUGGCCUGGACCCUGUCUGUGGCCAUGGCCUUCCCACCUGUCUUCGACGUGGGCACCUACAAGUUUAUCCGUGAGGAGGACCAGUGCAUCUUUGAGCAUCGCUACUUCAAGGCCAAUGACACACUGGGCUUCAUGCUUAUGUUGGCUGUGCUCAUGGCAGCCACACAUGCUGUCUAUGGUAAGCUGCUCCUCUUCGAGUAUCGUCACCGCAAGAUGAAGCCAGUGCAGAUGGUGCCAGCCAUCAGUCAGAACUGGACAUUCCAUGGCCCUGGGGCCACCGGCCAGGCUGCUGCCAACUGGAUCGCUGGCUUCGGCCGUGGGCCCAUGCCACCAACCCUGCUGGGUAUCCGGCAAAAUGGGCAUGCAGCCAGCCGGCGGCUGCUGGGCAUGGACGAGGUUAAGGGUGAAAAGCAGCUGGGCCGCAUGUUCUACGCGAUCACACUGCUCUUCCUGCUCCUCUGGUCACCUUACAUCGUGGCCUGCUACUGGCGAGUGUUUGUGAAAGCUUGCGCCGUGCCCCACCGUUACCUGGCCACCGCUGUUUGGAUGAGCUUCGCCCAGGCUGCCGUCAACCCGAUCGUCUGCUUCCUGCUCAACAAGGACCUCAAGAAGUGCCUGAGGACUCAUGCCCCCUGCUGGGGCACAGGAGGUGCCCCGGCUCCCAGAGAACCCUACUGUGUCAUGUGAAGCAGGCUGGUAGGCAGACAGGCAGGGAGAAGGUCACGGCCAUCAUGAUGGGGCCAACAGAAAGGGAGGGGUAGAGCCCCAUACAGGAGCUUUUCUUUCUGAGCUCCAGCCCAGCCCCUUGAACCACCCAGAAUCUAGGCACCUUUGCCUAUACCUCCCUCAGGAUGGGGGACUGGGAAAGAGGUGUUUCUAGUUCUAGGGCCUGUCUCCGCUGCCUCCUUUUCCACUUCUACAAUCUCUCUCCUUUUCUCUCUCUCCUUCUCUCUCUUUCUCUCUCGCUCUUGCUCUCGCUCUCUCCAGUUCAGAAAAAGAAAACAAAACUGAAUAUGCAGGUUUUUCUACUAACAGCUGAGGAGACAGGCUUUCUUGCUUUAAUGUCUCUCCUUCUGACAUUGUCCAGAAGGGGGAAAUUUGUCCUGUAAAAUAGACUUCCAGAGCUCUUCUGGCCCCCUCUGCUCCCCUACACCCUCCCCUUCCAAGUCCUUUAGCAGGGCCUGGAUGUUUAGGGAGAAAUUGAUCUGAUGACAAGAGGGACCACAGGGGGUGCAGGGCCCCUAGGGAGCAGGGAUGUUUAAUUGCUAUGUUGUGUGCAAUGUUGUUUUAGGCUAACCCUGGUCCCAAGCCCGGUCUCCUCUUGCUUCCCACCAUGUCCAGACAUCCCAAGUGUUUCUUGAGCACCUGUUUGAGAAGCCAGGAGGGGAGGGAGAAGGGUCCUCAGGAUGUCCCAAGCUAGGUGAAGAGCAAGAUGUGAGCUGCACGUCUGGAGCGGAAGAGACCUGAGCUUGGCUGCAUUCUCGCAAGUUGCCUCCUGGAUCUCCUGCCCCCAACUCUUCUUCCUGAGGAUGGAAAUCCACUCCAGCCCCACUAGGGCUGAUGUGGGUGCCAUACAGUCAGGGGCAUCCCCGCAAGGAAGUGUAGGGAGAGAGCCAACCUCCCCAAAGUAGCUGGAUCCCAGAGCCUGGCAUCAGAGCGGAAUUCAACCCCAGAAUUGUCUCCUGGGUUCACGCUACUCUCCCUAAGAUGAAAAUUCUUCUGGGGCCUUGGUAUCUCAUAGUGAUAUAAGCUCCAAGGCACUGUGGACUUGAGUCCAUUCUUAUCUGACCUCUUUGUCCUCUUCAAGCCUCAGGGGCCUCAAGCCCCUCCAUGGUAGCCCUUGGUCUUCUGUGCCCUCAGCCCCCUGACUUCCUUCCCAUGAACAGCCCUUCCUUCUCCCCUUUCCUCCCUCCACCCUUACUUCCCCACAAUGCGGAGCAGACUGCAGCCAGAUUCCCUAGGUGAGAGAACUCCAGCCUCCCUCCCGGGGCAGGGUCCACUCUGGCAUAAGUUCAAGGCCAGUUCUUGUGGCCGGGGGAGCCAAGCUGGCGCUCCUUUGCCUGGUCUUGCCCAGGUUCUCUGUCCCCUUCUCAUUUCCUGGUGGAGGGGGAGAUCUGUAUUUAUCCACUUCCUCUUUCCCUUCCCUUAAGCCUUUGUCCUAAGCUCCCGUCCUACCCCAAUACAGACCCAGAACUGGGGAAGCCUUGACCCCAGAAGAAUGGGGAGGGCACUCUAGGCAGGAGAGAUAUUAAUGAGCCUGGUUGUGGAGUGGCCCUGGAAAGGCAGGCCAGAGUGGCUGAGAGGCUAGGGGUGGGGUGAUACCUGUUCUCUCAGCGAUAGUGAUGGGGGUGCCUUUUCCAGGGGGUGGGGUGGGGGGUCCAAAGGGGUGGGAGUAGAUAGGGUACAUUUAGGAGGGUUUUCCUCCAUUUCUUUUUUCUAACUGCCUGGAUUCACCACUGGAUUUUGUAAAUGGAAAACUGAAAUGAACAAUGCUAUAUUGGAUGUUUUCUCUUUCUGACUGACUGACUGUGUGUGUGUGUGUGUGUGUGUGUGUGUGGUGUGCCUGUGUAGCCUGUCUGCGUGAACACAUGUGGGGAGAUAUGAUCUAGUGAGGCAGAGUGUGUCUGUGUAACUUUGUGCAGGGUGGUACCCCUGCCUGGCACACACAUAUGAGCAAAUACUGGUAUGUGGAGACAUAUAUGGCACGGGCACACACUCAUACACAUAGGCAUCUAAUUGAGAGUAGACAAACAAGAGUAUGUGCCUGCAGCAGGAAGUAGAGUGGUCGGAGAGAUGGAACUUGAAAAACGUACAUAUGGCUGUAGCAAGGGGGUAGACUCCCAUCUCAUCAGAUCUUCUUCCUUUGGCCCAGGCUCUGAACAUGGUGGACAGGAUACUUGAGAACCCCAUCUCUUCCCAAAGCCUGGAGCCCCCUGGUACCACUCCCAACUCCUGUAUCCGUCUCCUCUCUAAAACCCAAACAAGGUGUUCCUGACACUGGACCACCAUGAAAAAUGGGGACUGGGAAUUAGGGAUCCAACUUGGCAGGGACUGAUGGGGUUAGGAGAUGCACCCCGCACAAAAUAAUGGCUUCUGGAGGGACUACUCAUUCUGGGAUGGGAGCCCUUCUGAAGGAUCCACUGUACACAGCUGGGACUUUGGUAAGCUUUGACUAAAUUCAGAGGGAGGGAUGUCACAGUGUUUGUGGUGGGGGGAACCCAAGCCUGGGAGUCUACCCAGCCAGCCUGUUGCCUGGGCACUCAAUUACUUUACUAUUUAUUUACUUAUUCUCUCAGGUGCACAGAAUUGAGUUGACCAUACUCCUCAAUUCUUGGCACACUAUAUCAUCAUUGAUCCAUGUGAAGCCCUUUUGGUCUUUAAUUUGUUUUAUUUUGUCCCCUUCAUCACCUAUCCCUGAUCCCAUCCUCCCUCCUACAUAGGCACCCACUCGCGUGUAUUUAACGUAUGUCUUUCCAAUCCACCGUUCAUGUGUUUAUUUACAUAUAUGUGUAUCUGUGGAAAAUAUAUAGUAUUGUUAUGUGUUUUAAUUUACAUAAACAGUAUUGUACUAUAAA